AUGCACGGCUACUCCUCUUCCUCAGAAUCCGACGACGACUACCGCCGGAGGCGGCAGCCAGUCCCCGCGACCACCACCUCGACCGAUGCGAAGAACAAGAAAAAGAAGCGCAAGCUGCCCCCGCAGCAGAGCAUCAACCGUGUCUGGAAACGCUUCAGCAACAAGAAGUUCAACAAGGCAUUGGCUGUGUUGCCCUUUGACCCCGUUCCACCGUCGACCGCCUCUGACCACGCCAAUGAGCUGUUCAGCGCCGGAUACGAGCGGGCGGCCGAGGAAUGCCGCCGCAAGGUCAAGAAAAUCAUCCAGGAGUGUCGCCGAGUAAAUAUGCGGUACAGGGACCCCGGAUGGGAUCUGGACUGGGAUCUCAAGAUGGAGAAAGGACAUUGUCUAAACAGCCUGGGCCGUACCAAGUUCGAUCUCAGCCAGUCCGUUCUGAUGAACCCCAAUUCCCUUGUUCCCAAGGCCGUGAAGCGCGUCCAUGAGAUAUUCGAGAAGCCCAAGUUCAUGGAGAACCUGAGUGGCUCCGAUGUUAAACAAGGCAGCUUGGGCGACUGCUGGCUUAUCGCCAGCCUUUCUGGCCUUGCGAAUGUCGAGGACGGCCUCAAGCGGAUCUGUGUCGAGUACGACACUAGGAUUGGCAUCUACGGAUUCGUCUUUUGCCGCGAUGGCGAAUGGAUAUACUCCAUCAUCGACGACAAGUUGUACCUCAAAUCACCCUGCUGGGACUCACCCAGCAUGCAGCGUGACUUGCUCCAGCAGAUUGACCGCGAAGACGUUGAGCGUGUUUACCGCCAGACGUACCAGACAGGGUCAAAGGCGCUUUUCUUCGCCCAGUGCAAGGACCAGAAUGAGACAUGGGUGCCCCUGAUUGAGAAGGCUUACGCCAAAGCACACGGCGAUUACGCCUCUCUAUCGGGUGGCUGGAUAGGCGAGGGUUUGGAAGAUCUCACAGGCGGUGUCACAACUGAGCUGCUUGCCUCGGACAUCUUGGAUCUCGACGGAUUCUGGGAGAACGAACUGAGCAGAGUGAACGGAGAGUUCCUCUUUGGCUGCAGUACGGGUCUCCUCGAUGGGGGAUAUGGCGACCGAGACGGCAUUUCGGAAGGCCAUGCCUACGUGAUUAUGGAGGCGAGGACACUAAAGGAUGGCACUCGGCUCCUUAAGCUUAGGAACCCCUGGGGAAAGACCAAGAAAGGUAUAUGGGAAGGUGCAUGGUCAGACGGCUCGAAGGAGUGGACGGCGGAGGUUCAGGAAGAGCUCGGCCACAACUUCGGAGGUGACAGCGUCUUCUGGAUCUCGUACGACGAUCUGCUGCGCAAGUACCAGCAUUUUGACCGCACGCGCCUCUUCCGCGACCCGGAUUGGCGUUGCUCCCAGCGCUGGAUCGGCGUUGACGUGCCUUGGAAACCCCAGUUCAACGAGAAGUUCCAGAUCAAGCUGACCCGCGAGUCACCCAUGGUACUUGUCCUCUCGCAACUCGACAACCGCUACUUCAAGGGCCUCCAUGGUCAAUAUAGGUUCCGUCUCCAUUUCCGGCUUCACGAGCGAGAUCGGCCUGGUGCCGAGGACUAUAUCGUACGCUCCCAUGGGAACUAUCUGAUGGACCGCUCAGUCUCAAUUGAGCUCCCAAGCAUGCUCCCGGGCGAAUACAGCGUGUUCAUCAGCAUAGUCGGCGAGCGAGACACGGGCGUGUCCAGCAUCGAAGAAGUGGUCAAGCGCGAGUGCAAGAAGCGAGUCGAGAACGAGAAGUUCGCCCAGGUCGGUUACGCCUAUGACCUGGCCCACAGCAAGGCCACCGCCCAUCUCGAAGCCGUUGCCGCCCUGCGAAAGAAAUCCGACCAGAAGAAGGCCAGUGAUUCCCGUAAGAAGGAGCGUCACCGGCUCUGGGAGAAGAGGCACGUGACUCGGGAGAUCAACAAGAAGCAGGGCCGGAAGAAUAACAAGAAGCUCGAGGAAAAGAACGCCGCGCGCGAAGAGAAGCGGAAGAGGGAAGAGGACCUGAAGCCCAAGGAUGUAGGCGUGCAGACUGAAGAGAAACAAGAGGAGGAGAAGCCUGAAGAAGAGAAGAAGCCCGAGGAGGAGAAGCCUGAAGAGGUAAAGCCCGACACUGGCAAAGACGACUCGCAGAAGGCAGAUGAUGUGGAGACUAAGGACAAGGACGAGGAUGAGGAUGAAACCAAAGAUGACGACGAGACGCCCGAGGGUACUCCAAUUCACACUCCGGCUGUGAGCCCUUUGGAGGAGAAGACGGAGGAAGAGGCGAGUGGGGAGAAGACCGAGACUGAAGAGAAGUCCGGCGAGAAAGCGGAUGGUGAGGCCGCUGAAGAGAAGUCUGGUGAGAAGACAGAAGGGGAGGCGGUGGAAGAGAAGCCUGGCGAGAAGGCCGAGAUCCAAGGCUCAGGUGAUGCCGUCUCGUCCGUCAGCUCAGACGCCUCGGGCAGCCCCAAGGAUACCCCCAAGAGUGAGGACUCGACACCAGCCACAGACGAGAAAAACAAGGCCAAGGUGCCUGUGCCACCGGCGGACGUGUCGACGGUCUCGGGGGCACCUCCUCCUGUAUCGACGACAAAAACGGUCUCCACGACCACGACCACGACCUCGACUACAAGCAAGACCGCAACGAAGGCUGGGACGAGAACUACCGCGGCAAAGAAGGGACCCAACAUGUACGUUACAUCCGACGGUGAAUCGUCUGCAUCUCCCAUCGAGGAUUGGGAGGAGCUCUACAGCAGCGACAACAUGACUCGAAAGCCCCGCAUGCCCCAGCCGCCACCGCCGCCAGGCACCGUGCUCCAGAGCAAGUACGGCGACGAGACGGAGGACGAGAACGAGCCGGACCCGUGGAACGCCAUCUGCAUCGUGGGCGUCCGGGUCUACUCCAAGGACGAGGACCUGGAGCUCCGCGUGGUCAUGGAGGGCGGCGCGCUGGAGGAAGGGGGCAUGGGCGAGAAGGGCGAGGCGGAUCUCGACAACGCGCAGGCGAACGCGGGAGGGCAGCGGGGCCGCAAGGAGAAGGAGGACGAGACGCCCAAGGACGAGGGAGGGUACGAAGGCGACAGUGAGGUCGAGGAGAAGCAGAAGAAGAAGAGGGGGGCCUAG